GGCUGCUGCCAGCACCCGUCACCGCCAGCCACUCGGAGCCUCCGUCGCCCGGACCCUCCAGAACUCUCUUUGCUCACGAGUCACCAAAAAAGCCAAGAUGUUGGUCCUGCUGGCUGGUAUCUUUGUGGUCCACAUCGCCACUGUCAUUAUGCUGUUUGUCUCCACCAUCGCUAAUGUCUGGCUGGUUUCACAGUCUGGGAACGCAUCAGAUGGUCUUUGGAAAGGCUGUGAGGCUGAUUUCUGCAAUAAGACCCUGCCAUUUGUACAUGACGAUGCCCUCAAGUCCGUGCAGGCCUUCAUGAUUCUGUCCAUCAUCUUCUCUGUCAUCUCCCUUGUGGUCUUCGUGUUCCAGCUCUUCACCAUGGAGAAGGGAAACCGGUUCAUCCUCUCAGGAGCCACCAUGCUUGUGUGCUGGCUGUGCAUUAUGAUCGGAGCAUCCGUGUACACUAACCAUUAUGCAAACGGUUCUAGGACCACUUUUGGUGGCCAGACAAGUCACCAUGGCUAUUGCUUCAUCCUCACCUGGAUCUGCUUCUGCUUCAGCUUCAUCACUGGCGUCGUCUAUCUGGUCUUGAGAAAGAAAUGA